CUCAGAGAUGGACCUCCGUAAACCCAAACGGUUUGCAACCUUUUCCUUUGGCUUUGGAAAGAGGAAGAAGAAGGAUGAAGCCAAUAUCUCAAAGAGCACGUUCGGCCUUCACAGCCCAGGCAUUGAAGAGCAAGCGGAGACUGAUCUGGACCUCAGGCAGAUGGAGCUGGAUCAGGCCAAGAUGAAGACGACGUUCAGUAUGUCACAACCGGAGCUUGACACCAGUGACACAUUUGACAUCCCUUCUCCUCCCGCUGUAGGCAAAAACCAAUCAGGAUCUUACUUCACUAUCUCUAACCAACCAGAGUCAUUUGUCACUGUAAACACCCAACCGGAACCAAAGGAACGUCAAAUGAACGGCUCCGAACAUUCGGAUGUGCAGGAGGAAACGCCAAAGGCACCCAUUGCUUCCAUUCCAGAGCUCCAGCUGGAUGAUGAGAAAUUGAACACUCCUGUUCAUGACAACUCAUCCGAAAGUGCUGCCAGAUCUCCCGCUCCCAUGUCUCACACAGAAAGGAUCUCUGUUGUUGAUACCCAGACUGCACCGAGCCUUCCGGCUAGCCAGCCUCCGAUCGCGCCUGACACCUCAGAUCACAAAGCAGCAGCACUUGUCGACCCUCGUGGUAAUGAUAUCCCCCGGCAGCCUUACACAAUAACAGAGAUCUCUCCUACCGAACCCACCAGUGUUACAUUAUCACAUCAUCAACCUGACGCCCCUGACAUAGCUGACAGCACAGCUCCAAGUGGUGAGGCCUCCCUGACAAGUUUUGACUCCAGAACUGAUGCUACAAUUACAGAGUCAACCCCCGUUCCUCACAAUGACAAUGACAAUGACAUCCCUGCUCGUAGCGCAGACGCUGCCACCAUCCACAAAAGGGUCUCAGAUUCUCGCACCGUGAAAUCUGUUCCCAAAACCGCCAACGGUGUCACCGCAACCUCGGCUGUUAGCAGUGAAAAGAGUACUCCUCACGGUGAGGAUGUAGUUUAUGGAGCGUUGUACGAGUCGCUUUUCUCCCAGAGUUUUACCUCUGAGAUAAUGUCAUCCCUCCCAACCCCUCCACCUCAAAUCCGCACCGAGGUAAGACAUCUGAACACCAAACCGGAGCCUGUCGUGGUUAAAACCCUCGACGAACGUCAUGCAGAAACUAACGUUACAUACUCUCGCCUGUCGUCCUCACAUGACUCUGCCGCUCGCAGAGUGGCCGAUGCAGAAAGCAGUUAUGCCAACACGCGUGCCAACUUCAAGGUCGCCGGGUCGAGUGAGAGAUUUACCUCUUACCAAAGUUAUACUGCGACUGAUCUUCAAACAGAUACAGACAUCCAGCACAGAUGUCUCCCUUCCUCUCUCACUUCAGCUUCUCAAGCAGCUGGUGAAGACAUUCCUUAUUCAGAGCUGACUCGCUCCCAGUCAGAGAUGAAAUCAGGCGGUUUUAGCCUCAUUCAAGACACUGUCAGGUCAGUCCCUGUGGUUCAAAACUCUGCCCCUCCCACUUCUGACUAUGUAACAUCCCAAGGGACGGAUACUCGGGUUACUGACUCCAAACAGAGAGUGAUCCUGGUCAAAGAGUUAGUGUCUAACGAAGCAAGCGCUGAUUCUGGCUGUCCCUCUCCUGUGCUUGAUAAAAUGAGCACAGUAAACGGUCUUGGGUUAAAAAUCGAAACGAGGGAAAGUUUUUACGCCGUGUUUGGUUCUGGGCUGACGGAAGGGUGUGAGGGGACCUUAAGCCCGACGUAUCUGAGCGUGGGAUCAGACGAUGGCAGUGCCAUGGAGAUGUACUACAGCGCUGAAGAGGACAACGCAGAGGAGAGCGAGGAAGACGAGAUGUACACCAUGGAUGACAGAGAAGAAAUUUGCGCGCUGGAUGCCGUGAAAGAGAUGGAGCAGGGGGAGAUUGCAGAUAAAGGAAGUAGCAAGACAGAUGAGGGGGAUUGGAGGGAGGUGACUGUCAAAAUACAGACUGACAGAGGCAAUAUGGGUAAUGAAGAAGAGAUGAAAGAUAGCCAAACUGAAAUCCAGCAACAACUGAGAGGUCAGAGUUCAGACCCUGGAAAGUCUGAGUUUCUUGUAAGCAGUGAUGCAAAGAGUCAGGAGAAAGAAAUGGCCACCACAGCGUUGCCAAAGAUUAAAGAAGAGGGGGAGGAGGAGGAUGGGAGAAAAGAGGAGUUACUGGCCACACCGGUUCAGCAGGUGAACACACUGAUGGUAUGCGAGGUUGCUCCACCCUCCAGUGAGCCGCAUGUGCGGUGGGGGCGUUCAGAGGGAAACUGGACGGUGGACUUGGAAACAGAAGACCACCUGAAUGGAGAGAAGAAACUCCCAAGCCAGGAAACACGAUAUCCGGCUGACAAAGACAUCAGGAGCGCUGAAUGUACACAUGCUGAUUCCAGUAACACUAGAGAGGAAGAUGUGAUCACACCCACAUGUAGAGAGGCAGAGGAGCUAGUUUCACUGACUGCAGACCAGAGAGGAGAAGUGAGCAAAGAAGCCGGCGGUAACGCUACAACAAGCGCAGCCACUGAUGCUUCCACUGGAGCAGAGGUUGUCACAGGCGUUUUAACACACUGCACUGAGCUGCAAUCAGACGCCACAGAGAUUGAACACAAUAGGGCUCUGCAGAGUAGUGAGUGGGCGGAUACUAUUACUCAGAGCACAGAGAGAAAGGGGACGGAGCAGGAACAGGUGGCAGUCGAGCUGUCAAACUCCAGCAACACAGACACACACCCUCCCGAUACCGAACCUGCAGAGGCGCUCUCGGAGAGACCCAAGCAUCCGGCAGAAGCCCAGCCCGACCUGAAUCAGGGGUCUCUGACAGUUUCAAGCACCAACGCUGCAGCUUCAGAAGUCUCUGAUUCAGAAAGUCAGGAGACAAAAGCCGACCAGAGAUCGGUUGACAAAAUGAAUUCAGGCUACAGCAGCCUGAGCACCAAACUGACCAUAAAGAACUUGUCUCCUUCUAGGGAGGAUGACUCCAAAAAUCGAUUCCAUAAAGUAUCUCUGAUCACAUACGAUGAUGGUCUCAGCCAGGAUACAGUGGAUUUCGCUAAAACGAUCUCGAGGGAGACUGAGUCAAAUGGAACAGAUCUCAGCUCAGACUACAGGUGGAGAAAUAGAUUUGAGGGGGUUUCCCAGUAUACACCACACCAACCAGAGGAUUCCUCUUUUUCUGACUCUCUGAGUCACAGAAUGUCUGACACCUACUCCAGUACCUCUCUCCUGUCCUCCGAGGCUUCAACAUACAAACCCCACAGCGACACGUUUUCCUCCUCAUUCUCCUCCCCCACUCCAGAUGUACACUUUACCACUGGCAGCAGGCUUAGUGACAGGACCACAGUUUAUGCGAGCCAUGAGAGCGAGCCAGAGGCAGAACCAAAAUAUGAGUGGAGGAGGAGCUUGGUGGAGCAGGAGGAGCCUGCUGCACCUGCAGGUGAAAGAGAGGGACAGAGGGAGGGAGAGGCAGAGUCAGAGAGGAUAAAGUCAAGCUGGGAGUCACAACAACUCUCUGUGUCCGGCUUCUCCUCGGCACUUCAAACCAGCUGCACCGACGGUUUCCUAGAAGAAAACAACGACGAUUCAUCUCGAUUUACUGGAUUGUUCAAGGCCACGCUUGUGGACCUGGACCCUGGAGCUCCUCACUCCUCUCCCCCUGCCUCCCCAGACAUAGACUCCCCCAACCAGUUCGACAUGGAUAGCCUUGUGGAUACCCUGAAGAGCAUGAGACCUUCCCUGAGGCCCAGGAGCAUGGGUCCACGUGCACCGCCCCAGGUCCUUGUCUCCUCUCUGCCUCCCAUCGUCGAGGAUGCUCCCAGCCCCGUUACCUCUCAUACCCCUGCCUACCUCACCAGUCCCACAAAGAAGAUGGAAACAAUAGGCACCCCUGCCGAGUCCUUCAAUGGAGUAAGCCUGCUACCUGCUGACCUGGGACUGAAGAGGAGCUCCCCCAGAGACACUCGUUCACCCCUGGAAUUGAUGAAGCAGAGCCAGCAGGACCAGCAGCCACAGUCUGGUGCAAGGGGCCUGAACUUGCCCAUGAGAGCAUCUGCUACCAACAGUAUUGUAAUUAGAAAAUCCUCGGACUCUUCCCCCGACGACUUAAAAUCCCCACUGCUUAAUGGAAACGGACUAUUGCCGUCUUCCAACACAGGCUCUCGCCUGGACAACAGUGUCAUCUUUGGAGGCUACAGGUCAUCAUCCAUGGAUCAGACAGCGGAAAAUGGAAAGUCCCCGCGCUCGCUCUACCGCAGCGGCUCGCUGCCAGAAACGGGGCUAACAGGUGAUUGCAUGAGCACUGGACUAAAAGAGCUCAAUGAACACAGCCCCGGGAAAGAACCAGUGGGUUCUCGCUUUGAGCGUUUCUCCUUCCUUUUGAAUGCCACAUCCUCUGCGUCAGGCUCCUUGACCGGAGCUGAAGACCCCAACGCUCGUAUGAGUCGGCCUCCACCACUAGGCAUCAGUUCACCACCCUCCAGCAACAGCCCCACACGCCUCCUCAGCCCCACAGGCUCCAUAGACCUUCACAGGCCUUUCACCACCACAGACUCCCCCUUAUCUUUGUUUGGCCAGACACAGGGGAUGGGGAUGGGUGUAGGUACUGGGACACUGGGCACUCCCAUCCUGCAGAGGAGCUUCAGUGGUGAGGGCACCACGGGGGUCCAGCAGACUUCAUUGUUCAACAGUGUGCAUGGAGGGUCUCAGUUCCAGAGCAAAGAACCUGAGCCUGAUAGGAAUUUAAUGUCGAAAUACAGAGCCUUCCCUGAUGCUUAUCUGACUAAAGAGAAGGAGCAUGGGAAGCUCAAUCCUCGUCCCGGAAAGAUGUACAUUUUUGAUCGCCCGGGGAUGUGCGGCCAGAGGAUCGAGGUGCGCAGUGAUGUCAUCGAUGCUACGCCCUGGGAGCUGCAGGAGACCAUCUCCAUCAGGGUCAUCAGAGGAGGAUGGGUGCUGUAUGAGAAACCCAACUUCAAAGGGGAGAAAAUCGCCUUGGAUGAGGGAGACAUUGAGCUCACCUACCCCUUCAACCCUCCAGAGGAGCAGCUACAGAACGGACAGGAGGAGGGAGAAACAAAUGGUGAGCAGACAGAGACCAAACCAGCGAGGAGGUUCAUCAUCGGAUCUAUACGGAGAGCUGUCAGGGACUACAGCGUCCCAGAAAUCAGUCUUUUCCCAGAAGAAAACGCUGAGGGGAAGAAGGUCAUCUUCAGAGACACUUCUGAUGAUGCCAGGAUUUUUGGCUUCCCCGUUAAGGCCAACUCUAUCAUCAUUAACGCCGGGCUCUGGCUUGUGUACGGACAGCCCUUCUUCCAGGGAGUACCACGUGUCCUGGAGGUGGGGGGGUACUCCAACCCUGCAGCGUGGGGGGUGGAACAAGCCUAUGUGGGAUCAUUGCAUCCGCUCAAAGUAGGUGAACCAAGAGUGGAAAACGUGAGUGAACCAAAGAUGGUGAUCUACGACAAGCCGUACUUCUCUGGGAAAUCAAGGACCAUAACGGCUAACAUGAAAGACUUCAUGACCAGGACAGACAGACAGCAGAGUGUGUUUAUGUACAGUGUUGGUUCGCUUAAAGUACUUGGAGGAAUCUGGGUGGGCUACGAGAAGGAGGGUUUCCGAGGUCACCAGUACUUGCUAGAGGAGGGAGAGUACCACGACUGGAGGGUGUGGGGAGGCCGUGACGCUGAGCUGCGCUCUGUUAGGGUGAUACGAGCAGACCUGACAGACCCGUUGAUGGUGAUGUUUGAACAGCUAGAAGAAGAUCAGGAGGGAAUGCAGGAGAACACAUUCGAGGUGACUGAGGCCAUUCCUGAUGUCGAGCUGUUUGGGUACAAAACCUCCACGCGCUCCAUCCAAGUACUCAGCGGGGCAUGGAUCGCCUACUCUCAUGUGGACUUCUCCGGGGACCAGUACAUCUUAGAGAAAGGGUUCUACAAUAACUGCGCUGACUGGGGCUCUCAGGACACUCGCAUCUGCUCAGUGCAGCCCAUCCUGCUGGCUCCAGGUGACAGCACCAGGUCCAGGAGUGAGAUAAUACUAUACUCUGAGCCAGAUUUUCAGGGCGAGUGCCACAUCUUUGACCGCAACCAGGAUGAAGUGUCAGAAAAAUACAUCAUCAAGUCCUGCCGAGUGGUGGGAGGAAGCUGGGUGGUCUACGACAAUCAGCAGUACUCUGGGACCAUGUAUGUCCUAUCUGAAGGGGACUACCCCAAUUUAACCAGCAUGGGAUGCCCCCCCAACUACACUGUCCGUUCUGUCAAGGUCGUACCAAUGACAUUCUCAGUUCCCUCCAUCUCCCUGUUUGGCCUCGAGUGUCUGGAGGGCCGAGAGAUCACCACGGAGAACGAGAUCCUCAACAUGGCCGAAGAGGGUUUGAACAACCACAUCCUGUCUGUCAGAGUCAACAGCGGCUGUUGGGUGAUAUGUGAACACAACAACUACAGGGGGCGCCAGUUCCUUCUGGAAUCAAUUGAAAUCACCAACUGGCCAAAGUUCAGCUCACUACAAACUAUUGGCUCAAUGUAUCCAGUCAGACAGAAGCGCCAGUUCUUCCACAUCAAGAACAAAGAGAGCGGUCACUUCAUGUCCGUGCAGGGCGGUGUGGAGGAGAUGAAGUCAGGGCGAGUGGUGGCGACCGCAGAGGUGGAGCCGAUGAGCGACAUCUGGUUCUAUCAGGACGGCCUCAUCAAGAACAAGUUGUCCCCAACCAUGAGUCUUCAGGUGAUGGGUAACGUAGAGCCGGCAGCCAAGGUGGUUAUGUGGACAGAGACUCGGCAGCCCGUCCAGACCUGGACGGCCAAGAUGAGAGGCCUCAUCACGAGCCUUACCUUCGCUGGCAUGGUCCUGGAUGUCAAAGGUGGCAAAACGUACGACAAGGAGCACGUGGUGAUAAUGCCGGAGAAUGACGAGAGGCCGAGCCAGCAGUGGGAGAUAGUGUUGCUAUAAAAAUCUCAUCUUCUUCUUUACUCAGCUUUCCUAAGUAGUAAUAAUAUCCCUUCAACACUCUGAGAACUGCUGCCACUGCCUUAUGAUGUAACUUAUAUCAGUGCCUGUAAUAUUUUCUUUACUCUGAACUCCAUGAUCGUAUCACUGUAAACAUUCAAGGCCUGAAAAAAGCUGCAGCAGACGGUUCGGUGCUUUGCAAACUUUUGUGUUUCUGUUUGUUUGUACUCUUGUAAUCAAACGAUUCCAUUUUCUCCAAGUCAGUGAAAGACUUUAUGUCUGCAAGGACUCCAACAAAGAGAACUGUAAGUGCCUUUACCUGCUACAGCGGCUGGUGUCAUCACAGGAGUUGGACCACAAGCAAGAUUCAAUGUAUUUCUGAGGAUGUACUGAGUUACUGUAUACAGUACACGCCCAGCACGGACAGACCCGUUCCAUUGUAUCCAGUGAUCAAAGGGAUGGUUUGACCUACUCCACGACUUUGACCUUUAUCUGAUCCCUUGUCAACAAUUUGGGUAUUCAGACACGAGUUUCCUUGUUUGAAUGAUUCCAGGCUCAUGCAAAUUCUCUGACUGUAGAAGCAGCUGUAGUUUUAUACCUUUGUUUACAAUGGAGCAAACCAAGUUUUAAUUGCUUCCUGGAGAGAACACCACGUGGCUGCCAGUGCUUUAUACAGACAGUGGAAAAAUGAAGCCAAAAGAAUGUGCAGUAUGCAAGAAAUGUGCAUUAUGCUUUUUAAAAAAAAAUGAUUUAUAUAUAUAUAUAUAUAUAUAUAUAUAUAUAUAUAUAUAUAUAUAUAUAUAUAUAUGUAUCGCUGUCUGUUUUAUGGGAAGUGUUGCAGUUAUGUAAACAGUCUAUUACAUUACAUGCUGCAGUGCAAUGAAAGGGGAUGUAUGUGUCCAGUGUCUGUCAUGUUACUCUGUCUCUUGUUGUAUUUUUGUUGUCAGAAUCUGUACCUGCAUCAGCUGUAUGUUUAAUAUUUGAUACUAAAGACAUAAUGUCUAUUGUGAUGUAAAAGGGAGUGGUGUUAAGAUAUCGAAAACAAAAAUAAAUGAUGUUAAAUUAAAACAAA